AUGGCGUCGGCCUCCAAGUCUGCCGCUGCGGGGGACAAGAAGAAGAGCAAGAAGAGCAGUCGAUCCAGUGGCGCCGAGGCGACAUCACGCAGCAAGGACAAGGGCCGCAAGAGCAAGGACAAAGACCGCAAGAGCUCGUCCAAGCGAGAGAAAACAAAGGCAGCAGUAGCAGCGCCAGCGCCGCCUCCUGAGCCAACCAGCGUCGUUUCAGCUCCGACCCCAGUCGCGCCGCUGAUCCACGACCCGGACGCCAUUCAGCUGUUCCGUCGAUACGACCGCAGCCGGUCCGGUGGCCUCACUCGACUCGACUUCCUGCAGCUACUGAAGGACUAUGCAGACCCGACGAGCAACGGAUGGGGGUCGUCCUUGUUAUCGCGGCCGCCGCUGUCACUCACGGACACGAGAGGCAUCCCGCUAGGCUAUCAACGAGCCGACAGGAACUCGGAGUUCGAAGCAGGACAGCUAUUCGAGCGGUACGAUAAGGACCACACGGGCGCACUUACUCUAGACACGUUCCACGUCUUCUUCGCGGACUUCAAGCCGCAGCUAAGAGCGUUCAUCGAGGAGAGCAACUACCGAGCGCUCGCACCGCCCCCACCGGUUAUGGUAGCCCCGGUGCCGCUGCAUCCCGUGCAGGAAGAAGAACCGGUGCCGCCUCCAGCUGAAGUCCGCCAUGUUGCGAUUGGAGGGGAUACCCCGCUUCCAAGCCCCAAAGUGACUCGAGCGCCGUCGCCGAAGCACGAGAAGCAAGCAGAUCUGGAAAGCCUCUUGCGCGUCAAAGAUCAAAUGAUCUACCAACUGCUGCAGGAGCGCUCGGCGAUGCGAAAAGAGCGAGCCGCGGUGGAAGCGAGCUUGAAGAAACUCAGCGACGUCAGCACCCGCGAGAUGAAAAAGUGGGCAAGGUUGACGGACGACAUGCAGGCCGAAAUCGAGCAACUACGCUCGCAGCUGCGUGCGCAAACACAACACCGCACCGCAAUGACAAGCAGGUAA